AUGAAGGUAAAUGAUCACAAAACUUGGGGUGCAUGUUUUUUAGGUUCAAAGCAAUCGCAAGAGGAAGGAGAUUCUUCUUCGAGAAAUAAGCAGGUGGUUGUCGAAGGUGCAGCUCCCCGUCAAGAAAAUCCAAACCUGCCAAUGUCCAAUGUGCUAAGAAUCGUGCGCCAAGCUCUUCCACCGAAUGCAAAAAUCACUGAUGAAACAAAGAUAACAAUGGUAGAGUGUGUGACUGAGUUCAUUUGCUUCAUCACUAGCGAGGCUAAUAUACGGUGCCAAAGCGAGCAACGAGCAACUGUUACUGCAGAAGAUUUGUUAUGGGCAAUGAGGAGGUUAGGUUUACAUAAUUAUGCUGACCUUUGCACUCUUUACCAUAAUCGUUAUCGUCUCAGUACAACUGCAUAUCGUGUGCCACCACCGUUAUCAACAACUUGUGAUGCUCCAAUGGAAGUGGGUGGGUCAGGUACAGACGACCCAUAUCCAGACCCAACUGAAAAAGAUGAGUCAGGAGAUAACAGCUCAAGCGGUGCCAAUGUUUACUUUGAUGCUACUGCUUACCUUAGUCCUGACAAAUUCUUCGAUGACUGA